ACCAUAGAAAAUGUCAAAGCCAAGAUCCAAGAUAAGGAGGGCAUUCCACCAGAUCAACAACGUCUGAUCUUCGCCGGUAAGCAACUCGAGGAUGGACGAACUUUGUCCGACUACAAUAUACAGAAGGAAUCAACCCUCCACUUAGUCCUUCGCUUGCGUGGUGGUAUGCAAAUUUUCGUGAAGACCCUCACCGGCAAAACCAUCACCUUGGAAGUGGAGCCCUCAGAUACCAUUGAGAACGUUAAGGCUAAGAUCCAAGAUAAGGAGGGAAUUCCACCAGAUCAACAACGUUUGAUCUUCGCCGGUAAGCAAUUGGAGGACGGACGCACCCUGUCCGACUACAACAUCCAGAAGGAAUCAACCCUCCACUUAGUCCUUCGCUUGCGUGGUGGUAUGCAAAUCUUCGUGAAGACCCUCACUGGCAAAACCAUCACCUUGGAAGUAGAGCCCUCAGAUACCAUUGAGAACGUUAAGGCUAAGAUCCAAGAUAAGGAAGGCAUUCCACCAGAUCAACAACGUCUGAUCUUCGCCGGUAAGCAGUUGGAAGACGGUCGCACCCUGUCCGAUUAUAACAUCCAGAAAGAGUCUACUCUUCACUUGGUAUUGCGUUUGCGUGGUGGUAUGCAAAUUUUCGUGAAGACCCUCACCGGCAAAACCAUCACCUUGGAAGUUGAACCAUCCGACACCAUAGAAAAUGUCAAAGCCAAGAUCCAGGAUAAGGAAGGCAUUCCCCCAGAUCAACAACGUUUGAUCUUCGCCGGUAAGCAAUUGGAGGACGGACGCACCCUGUCAGACUACAACAUUCAAAAGGAAUCAACUCUUCACUUGGUAUUGCGUUUGCGUGGUGGUAUGCAAAUUUUCGUGAAGACACUCACCGGCAAAACUAUUACUUUGGAAGUUGAGCCAUCGGACACAAUUGAGAAUGUAAAGGC